AUGAAUUGUAAUUAUUAUUAUAAACUUUUAAAAUACUCUAUCCACUAUCUAUUCACAUCAUCGUCAUCUGAUGCAAACAUUAAGAGAGGAGAGUCCCAGAAGAUGAAAGUAAAAAUCAUCAAUCCAAAUUUUAUUGAUAUGAAAUAUUCGGUUUUGGUGUUUCGAGUUGGAGUAGUAUCGUUGAUGUAUCGUUGUUUCUCUGAGAAAUUCCCACCCUACCUAUGUAAUGCCUUGAGUGAACAAGAGUAUGCCACAAUCAUAAACUCUUAUAAUCAAACUCUCACUCUAAGGUUGGAGUUUGGUCGCUUUAUCAGCAUGCUAGCCAUUAUGGUGGUAUCUGCCAUCGUGCUCUUCAUCUCACUGGACAAUUCUUACAUUGCCUAUGCCAGUGCUGGGGUCUUUAUCUUUAGUUCAUUUUAUAUGCUUGCUUACAUUCUCAUUCUAAAUGCCAAAUAUCCUUUGGCAUCUCCACAAUACUCUGUCAUGAAUAAUAAUAAUAAUAAUAAUUACAAUCAACAACACGAUUGA